ACUUUUACGUUGAAAUAUAAUUUUUUCUUUUCGAAAAUUGUCUUCUACUGCACAAGAACAAAUAAUACAUACAUGUAAACAAUUCACAUAUUUAAAAUACUGCUUCAUCUUGUACCAUAUAUUAUAAAGUUCAAAAAAUUAAAAUGUAGAAAGUCCGUUUUAGUACAUCUGGAAUUUCAUUAAAAUCACAAUUUCCAAACCGUGUGUCUCGUUCUGUAAAUUAAUACUUUCGUACUCAUUAGUAAAUACUCGCCAUACAAGUUUUUUAAAAUUGUUAAAUUAUUCUUUCCGUCAAUGGACGAAAACGAAAACAAAUGAAUCUAAGAUCUACGUUCGAGAAGCUAUAUGAAUAAAGUUCUAAAAGCAUAAAUAAAAAUAGUGACAUUACUAUAUGAAGAUUCUAAUCUACAGUUUUUGAUGGAUUUUCAAAUAUUUGAAGGUAUCAGAAUGUGACAAAAAAUACAUGUGUCAAAAUGGUUCCUCAAAUGUAGUUGAAAAAUCGUACGUAUCGAAGUUUAUCUCGUUGAUGAACGAAAAACAUUGUUAAAUAAAUUAUAGCAAACCGAAAAUAUAAGGAUUUUUGUUAAUGAAAUUAUGAAAACGAUUUAUUUAUAUACGCAUUCCUAGAAUCUACUUUAAACUCUAACUUAAAAUAUACAUAUUAUACUGGAAAUUAUUGACAAAACUAUUGGAAUGCAGAAUGUUCAAGAACCUUGACAAAAAUAACUUGUGAGCAGUUGACAUUUAUAUGAUAUUAUAUUUGGUAAUUACUUCUGAUUUUCUUCUUCUCUAAUCAUACUAAAUAACAAUUUAUUAAUGAGACGAUUUUUCAUUGUUAUAAACAUGCCAUUAUGGUUUCGUAUUAAAUCUUUUUAAACGAAAAAAAGUAUUUUCCUUAAUUUCCCUUCCCACAAGAAUAUCUACCAAUGAUAUUUACUUUUUACAUGCAUGAUACUCUGAUUGUCAUACAGCUUUUGAAAGCAAUGUAUUCACAUAUUUAAAUUCAUAUCUAGAGUCUGUGUUAAAAUUGUUCAAGCUAUAACAACGAUAGGUGGAGUACAAUGGCUACAUUUUGCAGCAAUAAUAAUAUAUUCUGACAAAGCAACGUAGACAAUUGUCAAAGAUUAUCAUUAAAGAGACACAAGACUUGACUUAGGACUUGAAAAAAAGAAAAUGGAAAAAGAGAAUUAUCGGGUUAACAAACUAUACUGCAAUCCUACACAGUUUCCGAACAAGCAUGCUGAAUCGAAAGAAUUAAAUGAUGAAAGAAGAGUACAAGAGGAGAAAUACUGUAGAAUUAGAAUGGUUAAUGAUGAAAAAAAGGGAAAUGAAAAGAAAGAUUGUGAAGGAAAAUAUUUAGAACAACCAAAUACAAUACUUGGACUUUGUGCUAUUUGUCAUCUUGCAGCUGGAAACAUAAACUCUGCUUUUCAUCAAAAUAUUCCUUGUUCUGCAGAGCACAUUCUGUGCCAAUACUGUAUUCAACAAUUUACUAUUCCAUCAGAUUCAGGUUGUAUUCUUUGUCAAGUGCAAUUACAAAAUGAGAAUCUAAGUUUAUCUCAAGAGAGCAAUACUAGUUUAAAUUCCAUAUAUAUUUGUCCAAGAAAAAUGCAAGCUCCGCAUCAACAACCAGAGUGUCAUGUUAGGUAUCAUCAAUCUGAACAAGCUUAUGUUAAGUCUAGAAAUCAAAAUUAUUCGACACCAGUAACGAAUACAGAAAAGAGUACAUGUGGAUGUCGCAAUGUCGACGAUUCUGAAGAUAGUACUGAUGGCGAGCGAGAUAAAGAUCAAAACAAUAUUCGAGAAGAAAGAGACAUCAAUGAUAGUAAACAAAAACAACAUAGUUAUUGUAAUCUAUACAAAAAAGGAAAUCCAGAAUUGUAUACAUCUGAGACUAAACUUAAUGGACAAAUUACAGCAGAAUGCUCUCGCAGACCAAUCCGAUGUCCACGAAUCGAUUGCGCUAUAAAUGUUGCUUUUUCAGCAUUAACACAUCAUUUUAUUUUUGAUCAUCCAGAAGUACCCAUUUUGAAUGUGGAGCCAGGCAUUAAAAGUACACUGAUUGUUAGUUUUAAGGCUUUAUCUGUAAAUUCUAGUCGAUGUCUAGCCCUUCUUUUAGUUUCCAAUAAACUCCCAGAUCCUGUUGCAAGACUAUUUAACAGUAGUCAGAUUAAUCCAAAGUUUCGGAACCGAUUGCCAUUAUCAGUACUAGCUGCUCGAUUACGUUCUACAGAUCAAUGUAACAAAAUUAAUCACUGUGAGAAUAGCAUAAUUAUUGCCUGGGUUGCUGGAUUAGAUAUUGGAAACACUACAGAGAAACUGCUUUGUAGCAUUCAGGCUGUAGAUAAGUUUGAUACUGAAGGCUUACGUUCCCUGACAUAUACAGGUCCAGUGAAUUCAUUAAGAACAGCCCAAUGUCCUCGAGAUAUUUUGUCAACAGGUGAUUGUAUAGUCCUGCACGAAGGUCUCCUUUGUCACAUUACAUCCGAUUGUGCUACACUCAAUGUUAAUGUUACUGUACAUUAACUAUAUUAUCGAAAAACACAAAUGAAAAAGUUAAUAAAAUUUUUACUAAUAAUGUUAGUAAAAAUA